AUGGGAAUUUCAAAUACAAAGAAAAAACCGUGUGAAGAAAAACAAACUGAUCAAUUGAUUAUAUCAAAUGUUGCUUCACGCUGUUCUUCGUCUGUGAAUGAAGAACGAAGAGAAUCAUUUUAUUUAAUUUGGUUAGAUGAAUGUGCUAAAAACGAAUCUCUCGAAUCACUACGUACACAAGCACUUUUGCGAGAAAUCAAUCAUGAUAAUUGUUUAUUUUUUAAUCAACCUGAUCAAUUUUUUGUUCAAAUCAGAGAAUUAGAAGAAAGACAGCAACAACUUUUAGUAGUAAUAUCUGGAUCGCUUGCUGAAGAACUUCUGCCGAAAUUACGUUCUAUUGAUUCAAUACCAAUUAUAAUCAUCUUUUGUGCAAACUAUAAUCAAUAUGUCUAUUUACUUAAUAAAUAUCCAAAGGUUGUUAGGAUUUGCACUACAUAUGAAAAAUUGCAAAGUUCAAUUAGAAACGAAUUAUUAUCAUCAAAAUUUAAUUUAUUUGAAAAUCAAUUCAUCAAAUAUAUUCGACCAUUAAAUUCAAAAAAUGGAAUUGAAAAUCAUAGUGCGUAUUAUUCAUAUAUAUCAUUUAUACAGUUAUUAAAACAAAUGCCACAAACAGAACAAGCCAAAGAGAAUUACAAAGCAGAUAAGGCCAUUGAUUGGUAUGUUGCAGAGUGUUUUGUUUAUCGUUUGGUAAAUCAUGCAUUUCGUACUGAGGACAUAACAUUGUGGUAUGCAUUUCGUUACUAUGUUGUUGAUCUUUGUCAACAAAUGGAAAAGAUUCAUCAAGAACAAGCUAUUCGAAGUCUUUUAACAGUUUAUCGUGGUCAAGCUCGUAUGCCGAUAAGUCAAUUCGAACAUUUGAAAUGUAAUAUUGAUUGUUUAGUUUCAACCAAUGGAUUUUUCUCUACUUCAACUCAUCUUGACAUUGCUCGAAGUUUUGUUGAAGGUGAUACAGAUACAAACAAUUCGAAAGCUGUUCUAUUCGAAAUCACUGUCGAUGGAUUUAAUCUUCAAAACACAAUUUUUGUUGAUAUUGAUCGGUAUAUAAAUUCUUCUGAUGAAGGUGAAGGCGAAGGCGAAGGUGAAGUUUUAUUUAAUAUUGGAUCAGUCUUUUGUAUUCAAGAUGUAAUACGUCAUUCCAGUUUCGAUGUCUGGAUGAUCAAAAUGAAAGCAACUGAUGAAGGAACAGAUGAAAUUAAAAAAAAUCUUUAUGAAAAGAAAAAGGAAUUUCGACAAGAGAACAUCAAUUUAUUAUUUGGUCGUUUAUUAAUUGAGAUGAAUGAAUAUUGCAAAGCUGAAUUAUAUUUUCGAAUGUUAUUACAAGAAUUACCAAGAUCACAUCAAGAUAUUCCCUUAGCUUAUGAUUAUAUCGGCGAUUUAAAUAUGAGAUCAAGCAACUGGAAUGAAGCAUUUCAUAACUUUAAUUUGGGCUAUGAAAUAAAAAAGAAAUUCUUCUCUUCUAAUCAUUCUCUUAUUGCUGUAUCAUUAAACAAUAUUGCAAAUUAUUAUAAAGCAAUAGGAGAUUAUUCUCAAGCACUUCAAUAUUACACAAAAGCUUUACAUUGCAACAAUGAUCAACCCACUAUGGCAAGAAUUCAAGUUAAUAUUGCUGUUAUUCACGCAAAUAAUAAAAAAUAUGGUGAAGCUAUUGAUUUAUGCAUUAAAGCACGUGAAAUUCUUCAACAAAUAUAUCCUCAACCAUACGAAAAUACUAUUUAUAUUCAAGGAAUUCUAGGACACUGUCAUGCACAAAAUAAAGAAUAUUCGAUUGCUGAAGAUUACUAUGUAGCUGCAUUCAAAAUGAGUGAAAAAGUUCUAUCCAUUGGUCAUCGAUUACGAGUUAAUUGUAUUAAAGCUUUAGCUGAUCUAUACAAAGAACGAGGAAUGAAACAAAUAGCUAUAGAUCUUUGUCAAGACAACCUAUUCUUGUACAAAAAAUAUCUACCUGCACAUCAUAUUAGUAUUGCAUAUCUGUUCGUGAAACUCGGAGAAUUAUAUGAAGAUGAUGAUAUUCGAAAGAUCGCGUCACUACGACGAGCACUACGUAUUUUUGAGAGAAGUCUUUUUAUCGAAUACGUUCCAACUGCCAAUUGUUUACUAAUGAUUGCAGAAUACUACAAAAAUCAAAAUGGAUAUGAUAGUGCUUCAAAAUAUUAUAAUCGAGCUUUAAAAAUACAAGAGAAAAUUUAUCCAAACAAUCAUUCGAUAAUACUUCAAACUCAAUCUCUCAAUGCUACAGGUCAAAACCAAACCUAA